AUGAAUGUAGAAGCCAAGUACCGCCAGGCCUCCCUGUAUGUGGGUGACCUGCAUGCAGACGUCACCGAGGACAUGCUGUUCAGGAAGUUCAGCACCGUGGGGCCUGUGCUGUCCAUCCGCAUCUGCAGGGACCUGGUCACCCGCCGCUCCCUGGGCUAUGCGUACGUGAACUUCCUGCACCUGGCCGAUGCCCAGAAAGCCCUGGACACAAUGAACUUUGACAUGAUACAAGGCAAAUCCAUCCGGCUCAUGUGGUCUCAACGGGACGCCUACUUAAGGAAAUCUGGCAUCGGGAAUGUGUUCAUCAAGAAUCUGGACAAAUCCAUUGAUAACAAAAUGCUUUAUGAACAUUUUUCAGCUUUUGGGAAGAUCCUCUCCUCUAAGGUGAUGAGCGACGACCAGGGCUCCAGGGGCUACGCAUUCGUGCACUUUCAGAGCCAGACCUCCGCCGACCGGGCCAUCGAGGAGAUGAAUGGGGCGCUGCUUAAGUCCUGUAGGCUCUUUGUUGGCCCCUUCAAAAACCGCAAAGAUCGGGAGGCUGAGCUCCAGAAUAAAGCACAGGAAUUCACCAAUGUUUACAUCAAAAACUUCGGCGAUGACAUGGAUGAUGAGAGACUGAAGGAAGUUUUCAGCCAAUACGGCAAAAUCGUGAGCGUUAAGGUGAUGACCGAUUCCAGCGGGAAAUCCAAAGGCUUUGGCUUUGUGAGUUUCGAUACCCAUGAGGCUGCCCAAAGGGCUGUUGAAUAUAUGAACGGGAAGGACAUAAGCGGACAGAUGAUUUUUGUAGGCCGGGCGCAAAAGAAAGCAGAGCGACAAGCCGAGUUAAAGCAAAUGUUUGAGCAGCUGAAACGGGAAAGAUUUGGGCGGUGCCGUGGGGUGAAGCUCUAUAUUAAGAAUCUCGAUGAGACCAUCGAUGAAGAAAAGCUGCGGCGGGAAUUUUCUUCGUUUGGCUCAAUUAGCAGAGUUAAGGUAAUGCAGGAAGAAGGACGAAGCAAAGGGUUUGGCUUGAUCUGCUUCUCCUCUCCCGAGGAGGCCGCUAAAGCGAUGGCUGAGAUGAAUGGCCGGGUGCUGGGCGCCAAGGCCAUCAACAUCGCGCUGGCCCAGCGCGCCUAG